GAGCCCCUCUCCAGGCACCUGCUUCUGUCAGUCCGCGGGUGGCUGCCCCGCCCGACCCCGAGGCCCCAGGACGCGGAGGAGGAGCGACCCAGGGAACCCCGACGUUCGCCCCGCCCCAGUCCCUCCCAGCUUGUGCUCCCGCCCCUUCUCAGGGUCCCAGGCGGGGCUCCUGUCCGCCCCCCAACCCCGCGCCUCGUCCUCAGGCCCCAGGCACGCCCUCGAAAGGGGCGUCCUAGGCGCUCCCAGCUGGUGGGGCGGAGCCUGAGGCCUCCAGCCUAGACCAGGGACUCAACCCGCUCCAGAGCACCGCUGCGCUGAGCCCACCUGGUGGCAGAGACCCUUCCAUUCCCCAGGAACCUACCAGGCCCAGGGGUCUCCUUUCAUAGAUCCCAAUCUUUCCUCCUCCAGGCUCCAGGAAUUGGGGCCCUCAAAGUCAGGAGUCCCCUCUCCCAGCCCUUCCUUCUUCAGGAUCCAGAAGUUAUGGCUCAAGGCCUCUCCUAUUCCUAAGCCUCUGAGGCCCUUUCCCUGCUGCCUUCACACGCAGGGACAGCCUCCUGACCUCCACUCUGACCCUGCCUCCGGUGGGGGCCCUGUCCUCCCCUCAGUCCAGGUCUCCAUCCCAGCCUUGGCAAUGACUCUCGCAACUUCCUCUCAGCGCUCCCAAAGCAUUCGCUCCAAGUUCAGAUCUGUGCUCCAGCUUCGGAUCCACAGGCGGUAUCAGGACCCAAGCCUCUCAGGGUCCUUCACCACCUCUCCAGUCUUGGAUCCAGACCCGUGGGUCUCAACCACAGGCCCCGCUCUGGCCCCCAGAGCCCCAGCCCCAGUCUCGCCCUCGGGCCUCACCCCUUUCCUCCUCAGCCCUGGGGACCUGCUCCCUGAAUCAGAAUACGGCACUUGGAGGUCCCUGAAGGAGUCUCCCAAGAUCUCCCAACACUGGAGAAAGCCCAAGCCAAAGGGGAACUUGACAUAUCAUCAGUACAUACCCCCAGGGCGGAGACAAGGGUCCAGGGUAGACCCCCCGGCCAAAGAGUUGGCCCUGGGUCCCCCUGGACCACCUCUGUGGGAAGGGACAAACUCACAGCAGCCACCUCCCAGGAUGAAGCCCACUGCCCUCACUCCCUCCCCACCUGGAGUCCCCCGCCCCUCACCCCCUCCACACAAGCUGGAACUUCAGACCCUUAAACUGGAGGAGCUGACGGUCUCAGAGCUCCGGCAGCAGCUGCGCCUGCAGGGCCUCCCGGUGUCUGGGACUAAGUCGAUGCUCCUGGAGCGCAUGCGCGGCGGCGCCCUGCCCCGCGAGCGGCCGAAGCCGCGGCGCGAGGACGGUCCCGCGGGUGCUCCCUGGCCGCGCCUCAGGCCCAAGGCUCUGGGAGCCGUCCGGCGGCAGGGCUCGCUCAAGGCGAGCCCAAAUUCUUGCGCUCCGCCUCCUGCACGUGCCGCGGAAACCCCUGCGACUUCUCCGGCUCCCGCUCCGGCUCCGGCUCCGGCUCCGGCUCCGGCUCCCGCUCUCGCUGCGGCUCCGGCACCGACCCCUUCCUCGGCACCGCCCGCAGCGGCCCUGACACUGGAGGAGGAGCUGCAGGAAGCCAUCCGCCGGGCGCAGUUGCUUCCCAACCGCGGCAUUGAGGACAUCCUGGAGGAUCAAGUGGAGCCUGAAGACCCGCUGCCCCCCAUUCCCCUGGACUUCCCCGGCUCCUUCGACGUGCUGUCCCCCUCCCCGGACUCUGAAGGCCUCUCAUCUGUCUUCUCUUCCUCACUCCCAUCCCCCACAAACUCCCCGUCCCUCUCUCCCAGGGGCCCCACAGACUCCUUGGACUGGCUGGAGGCUCUGAGUGGGGGUCCCCUGCUAGGCUGUGGCCCCCCAGCCCCCAGCAUCUUCUCUGCUGACUUAUCGGACUCCAGUGGCAAGCGGCUGUGGGACCUCCUGGAGGAUCCAUGGUGAUGGAUUCUGGGGUUUCCAGGGACGGACAGCUGGUGGGGGUAGGAAGGUCACAGAGACAGACUUCCCAGGGAGAGGUUGGGACAACCGGCAGAGCCCCUCCCACCACCGACACAGAAUCAGAGAUGACUCUCCUCCCCACCUGGCCCCUGAACUGCUGCUGACAUGCCAACCGCCUGACUCUUGCCUGCCUGACCUCCAUAUGAUCCCCUCGGUAGCUGUGUGGUUGGGGGCAGGGAGGUGUCACUUGCUGCUGGCCAGGGCAAACAAGCUGCUUGCUGCUUCCUUCGGAGACCUCUUGGAUGUCUUUGUUCCCACCUUCUUCUCUCCCAUGCCACCAACUAGAUGGGAGUCUGGAAGGUGGUCUGUGUUUUUUGGAUGUAGGAGAGGGGCAGGGAAGAGUGGAGAGGGAGAAUAGGGAGCCAGAGCCUUGGCUUCUGGUUGGAAGAGAGAAUAUCAGAAGCGCUGCUGUGUCUGAGGUCAGAUUCUCUUGGAAGCAGAGCCGAGACAAAAAUCACAUGCCCAUGAUUUUCUAAAGAAAUGCUCCAAGGAGAAACCAAAAAGGAGCAGAGGAAACUGGACAGUGAAGGGGAAGACUAGCAAGCGUAUAACUUCAGGUGAGGUCCCAAUCUCGCCGAGAUCCUGUGGGGAGCUCUGGAGGAUAAAUUAAGUUGCAGACUUUCCUGCCCUGAGGCAAAGGGAGCUAGGCUUUUGAGGCAGACGGAGAUCCCUGUUUGGGUUUUCUAUUGCUGAAUAACAAGCUUCCCCCAAAGUUA